UGACUUUUUACUUUUUAUCCAAUGAUUCUAAAAUGCAACGUGCAUGUUGUUGUUAUUGAAAAAUAUUCGAUUUUUUAGCAAUGAAUGCUGACGAAGACCUGGACGAUAUAGAGUCGAGAUUAUACAGUCACGUAUAUCAUGGAACUUCCGAUCCAUCUGACGAAAAUAACGCUGAUUUAAAUGAAACAGAUAACAGUGUUGCAUGGAAAAAACGUUAUUUCAGCCAAAGGCCCCCAAGGAAUUAUUUACAAACACCAUUUGCUAUUACUAAUUUAACAAUCAACAAUAUCCAAGACAAUGUCUUGCAUAACCAACCUUCAGAUAUUCAUUCUAAUUUGAUACAUUCCAACGAUGGUUUAGGAUCGUUUGAAAGGGAUGAUACAUCUCCUUAUAAUGCAUGCCUUACACCUGAUAAACAAAAUAGGAAAAACAAGAAACGUAAAUUGAGAACAAAUGACAACGCUUUACCACAUGAGAGAAAUCAAGCUACAGAAAAUAAUGAUUGUGCAAUAAGAGAAGACAAUAAUGUCCCAUCAUCAGCUGAAUGUUCUAAUAAGAUUAUUGAAAAUUCAGUAUUAAAAAAUACGUUACCUACAGAAGACAUUAACAUAGCUAAAAAUUCUGCGAAUAAUAAUAGCGAUAGUAAUUGGGAAGCUACUAACAAUCGCUCCCAAAAUAUAUCUACUUGUACUUCUAUUUUUGCAAUGGAUAUAUUAAAUGGGCCUACAAAACAGCGCGAUUCCGAAUUUAUUUUCUACGACCAAAGAGAAAUAAUCCAGCUUCGAAAACCUCCCGAGUAUUGCAGAACCGAAAACAAUCCGAGUCCCAACAAAAGUGUUAAUGAUUCCAAUGAAAACGCAGUUACCCCUAAUCGUCAAGAAGUUGUAGUUUAUGAGAAUUCGCUGGAUUCAAAUAAUUCAACUGCGGAAAAAAGGAAAAAGAAGAAGAAAGCAAAGAAACCCCCAACGAUUUUGACUAGACAAGAAGUAAUAAACGAAGUUUCGAAACGCUUGCAAUUAAAUUCCAAACAAACUGCACGUGUUCCACCGGAAACUGAAGUUACUCACACUCGCUUUGACGUAGACGAAGAAGUUAUAUUUGUUCCACCCCCUCCUGUAGAAGUGAUCAAUUUAGAAGAUAGUUUCGAGAAAAACCAGCUAGACAGUCCGACCAAAGACAGCCCUCACAUAGAGAACCCCGAUGCGACAUUAUCGAACGAUUUCUUAGACAAUUCGAACAUCGAAACCAAUUCAACGAACUUCAACUUCAGCCUUCACGGCUCCGAGUUCAGAGACGGCCAAUCUGACGUGGUUCCGAUGCAAAAAUCCACCGAAUACUGCGAAACCGAAAGCAGCUGCAGCACCAACGAGCACCACAGCAAGAACUUCAGCAACACCGUCAAGACCAUUGUCUUCGACGAGGUGGAGUUUCCCAAAGAAGACAUAUUUUCGGGGAAGAAUUUAGAGAGCUUCAGCUCUUUCAUAACGCCUAAAAGGAAAUGUUCUAUGUCGAAAGAAUCCGAACAACCCUCUUCGAGUACUAACGAUAAAGUUGAUUUUGAUUAUUCAUCGGAUAGCAGUAGUUCCGAAAGCGAUUAUGGUGGUAAAGUUAAUAAGAAAACGAAUAAUUUACCGCAUUUAAGUUCAAUUGUACCUGUCACUGUUCUGAGUAAACCUGUAGUAAAUAUUGAUGAAGAACAAACUAUGAGAAUGACGUCAAGAACGUUGCCUUUUGACUACCCAAAUGAAAGUGAUAUAAGUUUAAAUGUAUUAGAAGAUAACUGCCCAACAAGCACGCCAAUUAAACCGAAGAAGAAAAAGAAACCUUCAACAGAACCUAGCACUAAAGAUCCAGAGAAAACUCUAAACGAUAGCGAAUCGGAAAAACCGAAGAAGAAGAAAAAGAAACGGACCAGUAUGACGGAAAAUUCAGAUGUUACCAUUGAACAAACUACUAAUACCGAUUCCCAAUCAACUACGCUUAAUGUAGAAGAGGAGAAUAGUAAGAAUAAAAAGAAAAAACGACAAAAUUCGGAUGUAAAUGCGACAAUAGAACCAACAGAAGUUAAUCACGAAAAUAGCAUUAGCGAUUUUAUCAAUAACCUUCAACUGACCACGGACUUAUCCCGCAAUAUCGGAAUGGAAACCAACAGAAGGUCCAAACCAAGCGAUUCGAACGACGAUAAAGACGCUGACAAUAAAAAGAAGAAACCCAUUAAAAAUACACCAAUCACUACCACAUCGAUAAAACCACAGUGUGUUGUAGAAUCAUCUGCGAAUGAAGUUGAAGAAGAACCAAUAGUCAUCAUUGCUGAUGAUUCUCUUGACGAUCACAUCGUUUUAUCAUCGGACUCGGAGUCUGACAUUGCCAUUUUCGACGAUGUAGGUAAUGAUUUAUCCUUUAAUUAUUCUACAGACGAAGCCAAACAUCAAGAUAAUUUAUCUUCGAUUGCGAGCCGUUUCGAUGUUGCAACUAUUCAAAACCAACAAUCCGAUGAUCCACAAAAAUGGUUGAUAUCUCACAAAGACAGGAUGAUUUUGCUGAAUAUGAAGACAGGCCCUAGAUGUAGAAGGUGCAGGCAACAAGGACAUUUCGGUUUGAAAUGUCCCGAUAAACCGUUUCCGAAGCCUUGUAUACUCUGCGGCAGCUUAAGCCAUCAAGAACCCAGGUGUCCUAAUAAAAUGUGUCUGCAGUGUGGCAAUCCGGGGAGUUAUUCGACUACUUAUUGCAACAGUUGUUUCAAAUUCAGGAAUUUAUUGUGUAAUAUAUGUCGAAUGUACGGCCAUGUUCAAAAAUUUUGUCCGGAUCUAUGGAGAAGAUACCAUAAAACGAAAAUCGGGCCGAUAGUACCUUCUUCGGAAACAGUGAAGUCAAAAGAGCAAUUGUGGUGUUCAGGAUGCGCGAAACAGGGCCAUUUGGAGCACGAAUGCCUACGGCACAUCAGGGAAUUCCCCCCGACUACUCCGUUCGUUAUGAGCUAUGUGGACGUGUUAAAUUCACCGCAGAACGCGAAUUGUUCGAUGGAGUUGGAAAGCGAUUCGGCUCCCAUCAGUUCCCCUUCGGUAAAUGUUUCGAACGUUAUGAUUUCUCCUCAGUUAUCGGAUAAUUCCUUUCAUUUAUCGCCUAACAACGGCGAGGACUUGGCGAAUUCCGGCGCGAAUAUGACCAUUCACGUGCCCAACGACUCGGCAUCUACCAAUUUAUUUUUGCAAAUGAUGGUCAACUUUAAUAACCAGCCUAAUACUCAAUGCGAUGCUCGAUCGCAUCGUUAUAAAAACGUAGAUUUGAGUAACAUGAACGAGGUUAAGAAUUUCAUCAUGAGCAGACCACUCAGAGAAGUGUAUAAUUUCAUAUCGGAUGAAAUGUAUUCCAUAAAAACUUGCAAUGUUGACCUAAACGUUUUAAGAGCUAAACUAAACAAGUAUAAUAAUAUAAGGAAAAGGAAAGCGCAAUUGCCGCCUAAUAUUAACAAGGAGGCGAAUUUCUGGUAUAGGACGAUAAACAUGUAUUUGUUUGGUUUUAAGCAAAUGAAAGACGGUGGUUUACACGUGCGUUAUUUGAGAAACUUUCUGAUAAAAAGUAAGAACAACCCGAUUAUACCUGAAGCCAUGAGAAUGGCUUUAUUCUGUGCGUACUCCUACAUUUUCGCUACUACACCCCAUCCGCAAAUAAACUAUAAAAGUCUCAUGAAUGCGCCGUAUAAAAAUAAGUUGCAAAAACGCCGGUAGUUAUGUUUGAUAAAAGAUUAAAAUAUUGUUUUCAAAUUUUAGCGUUUGAAUGCCUCAAAAUACCCUUAAAAGUUUCAAUCGAAACUUUCUGAAAUUUGCUCUACUCACCCCUACUUUAAAUUAUUUUGCUCCAUUCACUCCUAUUGAAUUCGCAAAUCCGGAUCGUUCGACCUACAGUAGUUUACUUUCGUGACGUUGACAUUAAUGACAUUUAUUCGUGACGUUUGGUUAUGGUUAUUAUUCAGUCAAUCAUAUGUGAAUGAUGACCCUAAAAAUGUAAAUUUAAAUUAUAUACAUAUUAAUUUAGUGAAGAAUUUAUAAGUACAAACUAAAAAUGGUCAGUAGACGUCGACCGAUUCACGCAACAAAUCUAAAUUUCCGGCCGAAUUUGAACAACAUCAGCAGCGACCCCAAAGGCACGAAGCCCACAAGUGAGCCAACUUCGGUGAAAGAGAUUCUCAUUUUAAUGGUGUUGCACGUCUGUAAAAAAUCGUUAUUUUUCGAUACUAACUUAAAAGUGGGAAUUUAUUUAGCAUGCCUUUUCGUCAUAUCUCUAAUAGCCGAUGUGUUAAUGAUACCGAAGACGUACCUGUCGAGAUCCGAUAACGUUUUUAACAAGGUGUUCGUCAAAUUUGCAUGGGGUUGGAACUUAACAUUGCUGCUACCGUUUGUCAUUUUGACGUCUUUGAUCUAUUGCUGUGGAAAUAAGCAGAAAAUAUUGAAACACCACAUGCCUAGGAUAGCUAUAGCGACGUUCUUUUGGUGGUUCUGGACUUCCCUGUUCAAUUUCAUCGAAGCAUCGAUGGGAAGAUGCGCGAACGUAAACUUCACCACGAAGAGUUUAUGUCUUCGAGAAGGCCACGUGUGGAACGGCUUCGAUCUCUCGGGACACUCGUUUAUAUUAAUUUAUGGCAGCUUAUUCCUCAUAGAAGAAACUCGAUGCAUUGUUAAUUGGGACAGCAUAAAGGAGUACAUCAGGUUGGAAGAGCACCAAAGGCAAAUUAACGAGGAGGUGCCGAAGCCAAAUCCACUCAAGAAUCUAACAAAUCAAGAACUCAAACAGAUUAAACAACAUUACGAGAAGUUUACACCUUAUAUAAGAUUAAUAUUCAUUUUAAUUGCUAUUAUUCAAGUGCUAUGGGAUGUUAUGUUGUUUUCGACUAUGUUGUAUUAUCACAUUAUGGUGGAGAAGUUUCUAGGAGGGGCACUGGCUAUUUUAACUUGGUUUUUUACGUAUCGUGUUUGGUACGCACAACCGUCUCUCCUGCCGAAGCUUCCUGGUGAAGGAAGCUUUAAAUACAUUAAAAGCACGAAAAUUACUCAGCCCUCUCCUACGGUUCGUAGCAGAAGAAAAGACAGCUUAACGGAUAUGGGUCCGUUAUUUAUGGGUAGACCAAUUUACGCCAGCGUCAAACCGGAGGAAGUUCCUUCUUCAUCAAGAUAGCAUCGAUUUUGUACCUUAAAUCCUAUUCUGUUGAUUUAUUUCUAAUUUUAAAUUAUUUUUUAUAUAUAAAAGGUCGUGGGUUUGUUAUGAUUUGUUUGACAAAUAUUUCUUGUUAAUAAGUAUAAAAAAAUAAAUGAGAGUGCUAUGAGGUUUGUUCAAUUGCAUUCCGAUUGUUUUUAUCAGUGCCAUAAACAAAAAACAUCAGCUUAAAGUAGUAAUAUAUUUUCAUUUUGUUUAUAGUAGUAUUAUAACAUACUUGCUCUUAAGCUAAAAAAACACUGUACAUAAAAAUGAGUAUCAGUAAACCAUCCUUAAUUUCACAUAGACUGCCAAAAUGAAGUAUGAAAUGAAAUUAAUCACAGUUUAAAGAAACUUGUAUACCUAACGCAUUUGUGUUCUUCGUCCUGAGGAAAUUGUAUUCUAAAUAAACGGAGCUUAUUAGUGUUACGUUUGCAUUUAGAAAAAUUUGCUUAAUUAUACGUGUUAAUGUUAAUAAUUCACAGUGGAUAGGAAACGAUUCAUAACAACUAAAAAAAAGUUGGGUACUAAUUUUUUCUAAGUGCCUCGCAAUUAAUUUACCAAAUUUUUCCAAAUUAUUUUAACGUGAAACAAGCCAAUAUAUUAUCUAUAAGCUAUUAGCAAUUACAAGCUGCCACUAAUUAAAGUAUACAUUAAAUAUCAUUCAUUAUUAGAGCUUAUACUCUAUUAAUGAACCACAUUUUCUAGAUAAAUAAUCCACCAUGAAAUUUUUUUCUAAAGCAAAAUACAUAAAGGAACAAUAUACAUAUGUGUAGGUACAUACGAUUUAAAAAUUUUAGUAUACAAAUUACAAUGGCAAGAAUUGAAGUAAACAGGAUUCAAUGAAAAAUACGAUUAAAUUCUUAUUCACAAUGACAAAGGUUUACAACAAACUUACACUCGUAUAAAAAUCUGACAUGAAUUUGUACCUUGCAAUUACAGCUGUUUUAUAUAAUUAAGUCAACCAUUUAAAAAAUAUACUUUUAAACUCGACCGAUCUUUCCUCGACUUGCGAUCCUUCAAACGCUAUUUGUGUUUAGAAAUCUAGUGCUUUGUACUUUAUUUUUACUUGUACAUCUUAUUCAAAGCGCCACUAACACGAUUAAUAUAGUUAAAUCGCUAAAUACUUCAAUGAAAAAUUAUUUCAGGAAGAUCGAGACUGUAAAUAAAUGAUUGGGUAUGAAAAACAACGGUUCGUAAAUCGAGAAAACACCUCAAAAAAUAUUCUACUUUUCCUUUCGAGGGCUAAAUUUUUAUGUACAUUAUCAACAAUAAUAUGGAGGUUUCUCUUUUAUAAGUUUUUUUGUCGUUUUGUCAACUACGUACUGAACACUGAGACAUUCUUGAGCGAAAAAUAAUUAGUUCAAUGUUGCUACUACUACUAUAGCUAUUUUUUAUAUUAUCAUUAUAUCGUAAACUCUACUUUAAAAUGGAUUACAUACUCCAUUAUGCAUCAAAUUUGAUCAGAAAAAUGUAAUAUAAUUCACACAAAGCUCGAUUAUUAAAUUAGAAUGAGAAUACACUAUAUUCCUCCGAGAUAUUUUUUUCCAAUAGAAUGCAAUUUAAACGAUGAAACGGUUUAAUGUCUGCUCGAUAAAUCAGCGACACGCACGUUUACAUGAUAAACAAAAAAAAGGCGUAAACAGGCGAUCAACCGCUUAUCCCGCCGGUAAAUUUAACAGUUGGUUGAUCAGUCACCACUUAUUAGGAAACCUCCUAGCGAGAUGAGGCUAUACAAUGUUCAAAAUUUAUAACUCAAACAUGAAAAAAAUGGGCCAACUACAUCAACUUACGUCGAUGGUGAUUGGUAACGGGAAAAUUCCGCUUACUCGUUCAAAAAAUUUGUUACAUUUGCUCGCAUUUAAAUAUUUAUUGUAUGAAUUUCAACGAAUCAUCAUCGACAAUAAGAAUACCUAUAAUUACUCAAAAUAUUUAACUAUAUACGUAAUAAAACUAACUCAAAUACGUGAAGUUAGUGCAGUAAAGAAUUGCUUUGUUUUAAAUAGUAAACCAUAAAUUCCUAUUCAAUGGUUAUUUUUU